CAAACGAGAGGAAUAAACACUUAAUCUCUCAUGAUCAUAAGUUCAGCUGCUUUUUGGAAGCAUUUUUAUCUCAUUUAUAUCUCCACCACAUAAAGCGAUGAAGUCGCUCUAGAAUGUUAUUUUUUUGUUUUUUACAUCAAGGCAACUAAUACAUAGAGAUUCUAUUCCUCUAGUCUAGUGUGUAACGUGAUGCAGUAGUUUCCGUAAAUGGUCUUUACUCGAUGGCGACAGUUCGGUGGUACUGAAUGCGCGUGAGGGGUGCUCCUCAAAAGAAACAUUUUACCUCACAAACCACUUGACAGCCAUCUGUCUGAGUAGUUUUUGACUUUUUGUUCAGUGGUGGAACUGUAAAUUAUUAUUUCCAUGCGUCUGACUUCAUUCGCGGAGACUGCAUUUUCUGUUGAAGAAUGACUUCUGUGUGGAAAAGAUUACAAAGAGUUGGCAAAAAGGCCACUAAAUUUCAGUUUGUGGCUUCGUAUCAAGAACUCAUUCUGGAAUGUACCAAGAAAUGGCAACCAGACAAACUAAGAGUGGUGUGGACCAGGAGGAACAGACGCAUUUGCUCCAAGCUUCAUGCAUGGCAGCCAGGCAUCAAGAAUCCCUACAGGGGAAUGGUAGUGUGGCCAGUACCUGAGAAUGUGGACAUUACUGUCACACUCUACAGGGAUCCACAUGCUGAUGAGUUUGAAGACAAAGACUGGACAUUUGUCAUUGAGAAUGAGACAGCAAAAGGUAGUCGGAAAGUGUUGGCAUCUGUAGAUUUGAACAUGAAGAAGUUUGCCAGUGCCACACACUCACAGACGGACCUGACGCUCAAGAUGAAGCCCCUGUCAGUGAAGGUGGUGGAGGCCACUUUGAAGCUUUCCUUAUCCUGUGUAUUCCUCAAGGAGGGGAAAGCCACGGAUGAGGACAUGCAGAGCCUCGCCAGUCUGAUGAGUGUAAAGCCAACAGAUAUUGGGAACCUGGAUGACUUUAAUGAGAGUGAUGAAGAAGAGGAUAAGAGAUCCAGUACCGGGCCAAACCUUAGUGUUGCAGUUCCAGCAUCCCACCCUCCUCUUCGAACAACACGUUCCUUAGAAAAAAGACCUGGAUCUUUAAAGAGUCCUUCAGCUAUAGUUAAUCCCUUAUACUCUACCCCUACUGUUGCCUCGUCGACCACUGUUGCCCUAACACCUGCCCCUUACAGUUCACCUCAGCCCUCUACAGCCCGGACAGAGAUACCCAGGGAGCUCAAUACACUUACAGAGGAGGAUCAAACAAAUCCGUUUUUACAAGAUUUACUCGCUGAUCAGCAGCCUCAGGUUAAUCUGAAGAGUUCUGAGUCCAGGCGAGAGCAGCAUCACUUGUCUCGUAUCGUCGGCAGCAUUAGCAUUGCUAAUCAACAAUCACCUUCCUCACAUCUUCAAAAUGAGACCAGCAGUGCUCAAGACAAAGAGACCAGACCUACAGGGGCUGUCAAAAGUCUUUGUCAGGUGAAAAAGCCAUCAUUUGACACAUCUGGAGGGCAGCCUUUGGAAGUUUCUGAGGAUUUGGCCAUUGGAACUGUCCCUCCUCCGCACCCAUUUUCUGUUCCAGUAACAAUACAUGCCUCAUCAGUGUCUUCUAAGUCCACUCAUAAAGAGGAAUUUCCAAAGAAGAAUUUGCCAGUAUUUACUGCAGAGAAACCACCAUUGGCGGAGGAAGAGCCUGAUUUUAAAAUGGAGGAUUUUGAUACUGUGAUCAUAACCUCUCAGCCCAUUGAAAUUGUUGGUGGCAAGUCUCCUGAGAAAGUGCCGCUAGUUUCAAAAAAGAUGCUGCUCACUAUGGCAGAACCUGAGAAAACUGACAUUGAACUGUCUGUGCAGUCAGGCCUGGAUCAAACCUUAUCAGUGACUCAAGAUAACUUACUGAAGCAACCAGAAAAAUCACCAGAGGAUCUCGCAAUUAAAGGGGAACCAACAGAGCAGAAUGUGAAGAGCAUUCUGUUUUGUGCAAACCUCAACAGGUCAGAUGAGGACAGAAUAAUUCAAAGCAUUGCUUCAACUAUGGUUACUCCUACAAUACAAAAUGUCCACAACAUUCUUUCCAGCUCAGCACCUUCAGAGCAAGAAUUUACAGGUGAAAAAAGUUCUCCCAGGGAGAAAAGGCUAAUGUGGGUUGAAGAAGUCCUUCCACCGAAAGAAGACAAUAGAUUGUCAGAAAACCAGUCUCAAAAGGAUAAUGUGGAAAAGACUCUAACUAUUGAGGAAAGUCAAAAUGAAAAGGCCUUCUCUCCGGACUUUCCAUUUCCUGCUGAACGGACUAGCAUGGACAAUAUCAAAGACGUUGCCCCCCUGAGUUCAGAUUUGCCUGAACAGCUUCCUCCCAUUCAUCCCCAAUCCCUGGAGUCCAAAGACCUUAAAUGCACCUCAAAACAAACUCCACCAGUCAGUGAACUAGCCAAACUAGAGCUGAUUGUAAAGGCGUCAGACAAUACAGAAUUAACCCAGAAGGGUGGGGAAAGUGACUCACUUGCCCAAGCAGAAGUUCCAAUUUGGAGUGCUCUGGAAGAGAAAGUAAAAGAUAAUGAGGACCAAGCGAGAGAUGAGGAAAUGAAUAAGCACAAAAUACCUCACGAGAUGCCAAAAGAAGAGAACGAAGCUGCAGUGCCUUCAAAAAAGGCUUUAGAAGCAGGACCCGAGGGAUCCUCAAUAUCUCCAAAAUCACAAACAACAGUUUUCACGUCUAUACAGACACUGGAAUCACCUCGGCCAGCCUUGCCCCUUGAGCCUGUGAAUAUAAACACUGUGUCUAUAUUACAAGGCACCACAUCGAUGGAAAUUAUUUCCCAAUCUGAUAGCAAAGACCAGAGUAUACAGUCACCUCCCCCAGUGCCUUUACAGGAAGUCGGUCUUGGUACCAUAAAUGAAGACACAAAUUCUGCAGCUGCAAACAGAAAUGUAGUUUCUCCCCAAUACAAUGAAAAGGGAACCACUCCUCCUAAUGUAACUACAGAGAAAGCAGCUGUAAAGGCUCAUGAGUUAUGCAAGGGUAUUGCCAAAAAGCCAUGCAAGAAGGACUCUGCACCACUAGAGGGCACUGUUAGGGACAUCAUAUGCAUUAACAACACUUCAAAACUUGAGAUGGAAAAACAGACCUCCCCAGUGAUAACCACAGCAACCGUAUCUUCAGGAAGCAUUCAUGCGACAGCCACAGAGAGACCAAAAGAUAUAAAUGUUAAUAAGAAUAUGGUUUCUGGAAAGGACAUUUCUCCAAGGAGCUCAGUAGUGCCAUGGCCUCUUCCUUCUCCAAAUCCUGAUCAACACCAUGAGAUCUCAAAUGGUACAGAGACCUCAAAAGACACAGAAAGUUCUUGUCUAAAAGAUGACAGUGAACAUGAGGAGAGCAUUCUGCUAGCAAAGAUUUGUCAAAUGGUGGAAGAGGAGACACCACAGCCUCCAGCGCUUGGUCCACGCACUAAGAAACGCUUGAUCCCUUGCAAGUCGGACUUUGACCUUCCUCCAACUCCCCCCCUUCAACUAAAGGCCAGCACUACAUCACCCAAGAAAGAUGAGGAAGUGUGUUCAAAUUUAGAUCAGACAAUCCCUACUGAAACAGAGAUCACAAAUAUCAGUCAGUCGCAGAGUUCCUCAAUGCUAUUGGACAGCUGUAGCACGUCACCCCCUAAGUCAGAUGAUAAACAUAGUGAAGCUGAAGAUAGAGAUGGUGUUUUAGAUAAUGUCCACUCAAAUGAGCAAGAACAAAUCAUCCAGUUUGAAUGUAUGGCAGAUUCACCAGAUGUUAUGCCUACAAACGAGGCAGAGAAGUUAUUGGCAGAAACAAGGACUGAAAGUGAGAAUAAAGAAGAGCCCAAUUUAAGUAUUGAUAGAAGUGGAGAGGCUCAAAGAGAACAAGAGAGACCAUCUCCAGUGCUUGAUGAAUUGUCUGGUCUACCUCAGGAAAAGGAGACCAUAGAUGCCACUCCAGAAACUAAAGGGAGCGAUACGCCAUCUAAGAGCCCACGCAGCAUCCAGGUUAAUAUCCAAACCCUUGUAGACGCAUCCCAAGUGAUUGUGCCUCCAAUGCGCAAUAAAAAGAAGAUAAUUCCACCACCAAUGGACCUUGCAGGAGUAAUAACACUUGAUGAAUCAACUAAAGAUGGUUCAGCAGUGCCUGCAUGGGAAUUUGCCAGUCCACUGCCCAGUCCUGGUCUGGUGACCUCAAGUCAGUCCUUGCUAGAGUGGUGUCAAGAGAUCACUAAGAAUUAUAAGGGGGUUAAAGUCACAAACUUCAACACCUCCUGGCGUAACGGCCUUGCGUUCUGUGCUAUCUUGCAUCACUUCCAUCCUGAUAAAAUUGACUUUGAUGCAUUGGAGCCUCACAACAUAAAGCAAAACAACAAAACAGCUUUUGAUGGUUUUGCAUUGCUGGGAAUCUCUCGUCUACUGGAGCCUUCAGACAUGGUGCUCCUCUCUGUACCUGAUCGAUUGAUUGUCAUGACGUACGUGUGCCAAAUCCGUACACACUUCACCGGACAGGAGCUGAGUGUGUUACAAAUUGAACAGAACAACAGUCAAACCAGCUAUGCAGUGGCUGAACCUAACCAGGGGCCAGAUGUAAAUGCAGCAGCAAAAUUCUGUGCGGAGAGGCUACAGGCUGGAGCUUUGUCUGGGGACAGUAACAGCAAGGACUCACUAAAUGAGGAGGGAACUGACAAUGUGGCCAAGCCUAACGGAGGCUUCGUUCCUCCACCUCGGACUAAACGUGCAGGAAAGGCUGAUGAGAAGGGUUGUAAGGAGACAGCAGUGAAAGGAACAGAAGGAGGUGCACAGACUCCGGUGGCUCCACCACGGGCAAAUGCAGCAGGGUCUAAAUCAGGAUUAGGGCACCUACGAGAUGCAGAUCUGGUGAAAAAACGCCGCUCAUGGCUAAAGAGCGAAUCCAUGGAUGAGCCUGAUUCAAAAAAGCAGCCGAAGGAGACAGGUAAAGGUGAUCCAGCAGCAGAUGAUGGAACAAACGGCUCAACAGUUGGCCAAGAGAGUGAUGAAACGGAACCUCAUGAGACAAACCAAGACAUUAAAGCAGCAGAAAUUGAGACAAUGUGUCUUCAGGACACCAAUCAGUAUGUGCUGAGUGAACUUCAGGCCCUGGAAACAGAACAGAAACAUAUAGACAGUAGAGCUGCCAUCGUAGAGAAGAGACUCAGAAGACUCAUGGAAACGGGAAGUGAUAAAGAUGAAGAAGAGACGCUGAUUCAGGAGUGGUUCACACUGGUCAACAAGAAAAAUGCUUUGAUCAGGAGACAAGACCAUCUGGAGCUGCUGCAAGAAGAACAAGAUUUAGAAAGAAGGUUUGAGUUGCUAAACCGUGAGCUCAGAGCCAUGAUGGCUAAUGAAGACUGGCAGAAGACUCAAGCCCAGCAGCACAGAGAACAGCUACUGCUACAGGAACUGGUGUCUUUGGUCAACAAGCGGGACGAGUUGGUCCAAGACAUGGAUGCAAAAGAGAGAGGGGCUCUGGAGGAGGAUGAGAGGCUGAAGAGAGGUCUGGAAGCAAGGCGUAGAAAAUAUAGCAAUAAGGAAAAGUGUGUUCUUCAAUAAUGAUGCAAAACUUGAAUGUAUAUGAGAACUGUGGCUCACUGCAUCCUGCACUCCACCAGAGAUAACUUACUCUUGGCAUCACUUUGACUACACCAGGACAUGAGUGUACCUUUCCAGUGAAGACCAUGGAGAGACAUUUUGGGGGACUGUGGGAUCUUCUGGGUAUAUAAAAUAUGCGCAAUGAAGAUCAUAUAAGUUACUCUCUGAAUGUUUUAUUUAAUGAAGUAUGAACUUUAAUUUGAAGGUUUGCCAAUGUGGUGGUACUUGGUCUGGAGAUUGGUAUACAAGCAAUUUUAUUGUAAAUCUGAAAAGGUCUAUUUUGCCUUAUGUUUUAUCAGUCCAGUUAUUAGUCCGUUUCUUUUACAUUGCUCCAGAUAGGACAAAUAUUACAAUUAUUUUAAGAUAUUUUACAAACAAUGAGGCUUGCACCAAAGUUUGCUGUUUUAAAUUAUUUAUUUAAGUGUGCCAAAAUGUCUCUGUUGGGCCAUUGUUUUGUUAUAGCUCCAAAAAUGGAAUUUUCUAGAUUCUCCAGAUGAAUGUAUUUAUACAGUUCUUUUUGCAUUGCAGUGCCUUUAAAUUUGACAUGGGACAUUUUAUAUAACAAAGCCAUUUUGUAUUUUUCUGUUUUUAAUCUUUGAAUCUAAC